CCCGCCCCAUUCUUCUGUCGUGUUGCUGGUCGCUUUCGCCUCCGCCAGAAUGGCGCUGAGUCUGACGGUGAAGUCCGCGGACCCCCCUCUUGGAGCCUUGCUGACUGCAGAACUUGUGAAGGAUCAAGUUAAAAUUUCAGUCGAAGAAGGCAAAGAAACCAUCCUGCGGGUAUCUGAUCAAAUUACAUUCACUGAUGCAACUUCCAUAGCUCGCUAUCUGGCCAGAAUUGCCCCUUCUGCUACAUUAUAUGGAUCAAAUUUGCUGGAACACACUGAGAUUGAUCAUUGGCUGGAAUUCAGUGCUAGAAAGUUGUCUGAUCCAGCCUAUUUUGCUUCAGCAAUUGAAGAACUUAAUAACUCCCUUUCUCUGAGGACCUACUUGGUUGGGAACUCUUUGAGCCUUGCGGAUUUCUGUGUCUGGGCAGCAUUAAAAGGCAACAAUCAGUGGCAAGAGCAGCUAGUUCAAGCCAAGGCUCCAGUUCAUAUAAAACGCUGGUACAACUUUCUUGAGGCUCAACGUGUUUUCCAGUCAGUAGGUAUGCAGUGGUCUGUAGCUGCUCCCGCUCCCAAGGCCAAAGUGGCUGCAGAUAAGAAACAAGAUGUCGGGAAGUUUGUUGAGCUCCCUGGUGCAGAGAUGGGGAAGGUCAUUGUUCGAUUUCCGCCUGAAGCAAGCGGAUACUUACAUAUUGGCCAUGCAAAAGCUGCUUUGUUGAAUCAGCACUACCAGGUCAACUUCAAGGGUAAACUGAUCAUGAGGUUUGAUGAUACAAAUCCAGAAAAAGAAAAGGAGGAUUUUGAAAAGGUUAUCUUGGAAGAUGUUGCAAUGCUGCAUAUUAAACCAGACCAGUUCACGUACACGUCUGAUCAUUUUGAGACAAUAAUGAAAUAUGCUGAGAAGCUUAUUCGGGAAGGGAAGGCUUAUGUAGAUGACACACCAGCUGAACAAAUGAAAAUGGAACGAGAGCAGAGAAUCGAAUCCAAGCACAGGAAUAACUCUGUUGAGAAAAACUGGCAGAUGUGGGAAGAAAUGAAAAAAGGAACAGAAUAUGGGCAGACCUGUUGUCUACGAGCAAAAAUUGACAUGACUAGUAAUAAUGGAUGUCUGAGGGAUCCAACUCUUUAUCGUUGUAAAAACCAGCCACACCCGCGUACGAGAAAUAAGUACAAUGUUUAUCCCACAUAUGACUUUGCCUGUCCUAUAGUUGAUAGUAUUGAAGGUGUUACUCAUGCAUUAAGAACAACAGAAUAUCAUGACAGAGAUGAGCAGUUCUACUGGAUCAUUGAAGCCCUUGGCAUAAGGAAGCCCUACAUCUGGGAGUAUAGCCGUUUAAACCUCAACAACACUGUGCUGUCUAAAAGAAAGUUAACCUGGUUUGUCAAUGAAGGGCUAGUGGACGGCUGGGAUGAUCCCAGAUUCCCAACCGUGCGUGGAGUACUGAGAAGAGGCAUGACAGUUGAAGGACUGAAACAGUUUAUUGCUGCACAGGGUUCUUCUCGGUCAGUUGUAAACAUGGAAUGGGAUAAAAUUUGGUCAUUUAACAAAAAGGUUAUAGACCCAGUGGCACCUCGGCAUACUGCUUUGCUGAAGGAUGAAGUGGUCACAGUGAAUAUUCCUGAAGCUCAAGAAGAGAUGAAAGAAGUGGCCAAACAUCCAAAGAAUGCUGAAGUUGGCUUGAAGCCUGUAUGGUACAGUUCCAAAGUGCUGAUCGAAGGACCUGAUGCAGAGACCUUGACAGAAGGGGAGACUGUUACAUUUAUUAACUGGGGCAACAUGGUCAUUACCAAAAUACACAAGAAUUCCACAGGGAAAGUCACAUCCAUUGAUGCUGCACUUAACUUGGAGAACAAAGACUACAAAAAAACUGCUAAGAUUACCUGGUUAGCAGAAACCUCUCAUGCACCUCUCAUCCCAAUAGUCUGUGUCACCUAUGAACAUUUGAUCACCAAGCCUGUCCUAAGCAAAGAUGAAGAUUUCAAACAGUAUGUCAACAGAGAUAGCAAGCGAGAAGAGUUGAUGUUAGGUGAUCCUUGCCUUAAAGAUCUGAAAAAGGGAGACAUUAUACAGCUUCAGAGAAGAGGCUUUUAUAUUUGUGAUCAGCCAUAUGAGCCUAUCAGUCCAUACAGUUGUAAAGAAGCCCCAUGCAUUUUGAUUUAUAUCCCUGAUGGGCACACAAAAGAAAUGCCAACAUCUGGAUCUAAGGAGAAGUCUAAGGCAGAAACAGCAAAUAAAGAGACCAGCACUGCAUUGAAAGGACAACCUGCUCCAUAUCUGGCUGAAGUUUCUACUCCAGAGAUCCCCACCACCAAUCUGGACAGCAGAGCUCUUUAUGAUAAUGUAGCUGCACAAGGUGAAGUGGUUCGAAAACUGAAAGCAGAGAAAGCACCCAAGGAGCAGAUAGAUGCUGCUGUGAAACUGCUUCUAGCUCUAAAAGCAGAAUAUAAGCAAAAAUCAGGGCAGGAAUACAAACCUGGAAACCCACCCAAAAGUGUCCUUCCUAGUUCAACUCCUGUUGCUGCUUCUUCUCCUCUUCUUCCUCCUGCAUCCCCCUGCCCGAUAGACAGCAAAGGUCUUUAUGAUAAAGUAGCUGAACAAGGCGAUGUGGUUCGUAGUCUUAAAUCCAAGAAAGCUUCAAAGGAUCAGAUAGAUGCUGCUGUGAAAGUGCUUCUUGCUCUAAAGGCAGAAUAUAAGCAAAAGACAGGCCAGUGUUAUAAACCUGGGAAUCCACCUGCAGCUCCUCUUUCCUCCUUGUCCUCUUGUGCCUCUGAUCCUUCUCCUCCAUUCUGCAAUGGCCUGGCAUCUUCUAGCCCCAUAGACAGAAAAGCUCUGUACAAUAAGGUAGCUGAACAAGGAGAGGUGGUGCGGAGACUCAAAGCCGAAAAGGUUUCCAAGGAUCAAGUGGAUGAGGCUGUAAAACUCCUCCUUUCCCUGAAAGCAGAGUAUAAAGACAAGACAGGUCAGGACUACAAACCAGGGCAGCCCCCCGCUUUUCAGGCACCUGCUGCGACUCAGCCAACAUGCAGAGCAACCAGUGGCCCUGACACACCAGAAGCCAAAGCUCUCUUCAACAAGGUGGCUGCCCAAGGAGAGGUGGUCCGGAAAUUAAAAGCAGAGAAGGCAGAAAAGGCUACAGUUGAUGCAGCAGUGCAAGAUCUGCUUCAGUUGAAGGCGCAAUACAAAUCGCUAGCAGGGGUAGACUAUAAGCCAGUCUCAGCAGCUGGUGGAGAAGACAAGGACAAGAAGAGCAAGGAGAAAGAGAACAAAUCUGAAAAGCAGAAUAAACAAGAGAAGGAGAACAGUGGCCAGAAGAAAGAAAGACAGAAGGAUCAAGGUGGCAGCAGCAACCUGUCUUCCAGUGGACCAGGAGAUGGUCAAGGACCGAAGAAACAAACCAGAUUGGGUUUAGAGGCUAAGAAGGAAGAGAAUCUAUCUGAAUGGUACUCUCAGGUGAUCACAAAAUCAGAGAUGAUUGAAUACUAUGAUGUCAGUGGCUGCUACAUUCUCCGUCCAUGGGCUUAUGCUGUGUGGGAAGCCAUUAAGGAGUUCUUUGAUACUGAAAUCAAGAAACUUGGUGUGGAAAACUGUUACUUUCCCAUGUUUGUGUCCCAGGCUGCGCUAGAAAAAGAGAAGACACAUAUUGCAGACUUUGCCCCAGAGGUUGCAUGGGUUACACGGUCAGGCAAAACAGAGCUGGCUGAACCGAUAGCUGUCCGUCCUACUAGCGAAACAGUGAUGUAUCCUGCCUAUGCAAAGUGGGUUCAGUCACACAGGGAUCUGCCAGUCAAACUUAAUCAGUGGUGUAAUGUGGUGCGUUGGGAGUUCAAACAUCCACAACCUUUCUUGCGAACUCGUGAAUUCCUGUGGCAGGAGGGACACACGGCCUUCUCAACUUAUGAAGAAGCAGCGGAAGAGGUAUUGCAGAUUCUUGAUUUGUAUGCUCGAGUGUAUGAAGAGCUUCUGGCAAUCCCUGUUGUGAAAGGAAGAAAAACAGAAAAAGAAAAGUUUGCAGGGGGAGAUUAUACAACCACUGUAGAGGCAUUUAUAUCUGCCAGUGGGCGAGCUAUCCAGGGAGCAACCUCUCAUCACUUGGGACAGAAUUUUUCAAAGAUGUUUGAGAUUGUUUUUGAAGACCCCAGGGUCCCAGGAGAGAAACAGUUUGCAUAUCAGAACUCUUGGGGCAUAACAACUCGGACCAUCGGUGUGAUGGCCAUGAUUCAUGGAGAUAACAUGGGUUUGGUGCUGCCACCCAGAGUAGCUUGUGUUCAGGUUGUGAUUAUUCCUUGUGGCAUCACAAACGUGCUUUCGGAAGGAGAUCGGGAAGCUCUGGUGGCAAAGUGUAAUGAGUACCAAAAGCGAUUGCACGGUGCAAACAUCCGUGUACGUGUUGACUUGAGAGAAAAUUAUUCACCUGGCUGGAAAUUCAAUCACUGGGAGCUUAAGGGUGUGCCAGUGAGGCUUGAAGUUGGACCACGAGAUAUGAAAAAUUGUCAGUUUGUAGCUGUCAGAAGAGACACGGGAGAAAAGUUGACUUUUGCUGAAAAUGAAGCAGUGGACCAACUCAGACAUAUUCUGGAAGAGAUCCACAAUAAUCUUUAUAACAGAGCUUCAGAAGACCUUAAAACCCAUAUGGUGGCAGUCAACACAAUGGACGAGUUUCAGAGGGAGCUUGAUUCAGGGAAGGCACUUCUAAAGAACAGGGGGAACGAAACACAUCGGCAUUCUCCAGAUAUCAAGAACAUCUUCAGAGAGCAACUGAAGAAGAAAUAG